AUGGAUGAUGCCUGGCGCCUGCGCCGCCAGGAGGCCGUCCAUCCUGGGACCCGCGGAAGGGACAUAUCCGAGCUGGUGGACACGUUCGUUCACCGCCGCGAGGGCGAUAUGUCCACCGCAGGCUUGCAAGACGACGCCGUUGCCAAGUUGCUGGGCCUAAGCGUGAAGAACUACCGCAAAACCUACAAAGCCGAGUUUCUCAUGGAGCUUGACAUACGGGCGAACAUCAUGGAGGAGACUGUCGUUGGGACUGAUGUGAUCCUGCCGAAGCUACUGCUCUACAUCUCCGGCUCUCGGCGAUCGAUUGUCAUCUUUUGCUUUGAUUUUACUCUGUAUCUGGUGGCGAAGGCCCUAGUUGUGGCCAUGGAACGUGGACUGGUCGCGAAAAUGAAGGGGUUCGGCGAGGUUGGCCCUAUUGACCAGAUCGCUGAUUCGAUAGCUGGUUAUUUUUCGAGCGCAGAGGAGGCUGUGGACGGAGAUGUCGAGCCUGAUGCAGACCCAAGUCAGGUCGACCUGAACGAUCUGGUUGAGCCCGAACCGGCGCCACAACCUGUGGCACAAGAGGAGCCCAGAGCAAUCCAGCCCGUUCCAUAUGGGGGAGCUUCACCCGCGUUUGAAUUACGACGAGAGCGGGCUCUGAAGCUUGCCUUGCUGGGUCCAUUCAUCGAGCACUUGCCCCAAGGUGAAAGAGCUCACAAUCCUGAAUGGAGGGACCGUACCAAGCGAAUUGACAAGCUGAUUAAAGAUUGGCAGAACGACAAGCGCAAGAAACUGGAGGAGGAGGUUGAAGCUGCGAAUGCAAGAGCCUGUCCAGUACAGUAA